AGGGGGGAGGGCGGGGAUUGAUUUCUUCAUGGUCGGAAGUCUUCAAGAAGAGACAAGAAGACUAGCCACUGAGGCUGCAGGAGGGAUUAGUGGUUAAAUAGACUACUUGUCCUCUGAGGUUCCUUCACCAUCCCGAACAAGUUCUGUGUGAUUCCUCCUCUUUGACCGGAUUUCCCUGUCCCAGGAAUCAUUUAGGUUAGAAGUUUGGGAAGAUGGGCUUAUGCUAACACUAUCUCCUCUUUUUUCUCCAUUCUGCCUUUUGUCUCUGGGCUUCGAGGUUACUUUCCGGGAGAUAAUAGGUUAAUUGCAGCUGACUUGGGGGCAGUCCAGGGUGGGGAUCGGUCCUUUUAGUCCAAAUUCCAGCUAGGAGAAGUAGCCCGGAACCCAGGAACUUCAGAAGGAAUACAUGCUGUGAAGCCAGGCUGCUGUAGCUGAGAGCCUUAUCAGAAUGAGGAGAAUUGGACAGCUUCCGAGAGGGACCCAGGAGCCAGUGCGGCUCACCCGGCAUCAGGCAGGAAGGACGCGGGGAACCCCAGGAUUAGUUUUCAGCAGUGGAGAGAAAUGGAAGCAAAUGCAGCACUUCUCUCUAGCUACUCUGAGGAAUGGAUGGGGGAGAGGAGCAUUGAGGAGCGAGUCCAAGAAGAGGCAAAGUUCCUGGUGGAAGAAUUUAAAAAGCAAAUGCAAAUUACUGGAAGCAGAGGAAGUACCCAUCAAGAAGAAUGGCUGAACAAAUCACAGUAUAUGAAUAUAAUGUAAUAUUCUUGUUUUGAAAGAAAUGUCCAUUUCAGAGGAGCCUGGGAAGUAAGCUGAUGCCAUUUACUGUUUCCUUUUGCUGUCUUUUCAUUAAUUCUCAAUCCUUUGCAAUCUGGUUUCCAAACUGAUCAUGCAAUUAAAGCUGCUCUAUCCAAAGUACAGAACCAUUUUAUAAAGUAAAAAUUUGUACAGUAACAAUAACAUUGUAAAGGAAAGAAAUUUUGAAAGACUAAGAACUCUAAUCCAUUCAAUGAUCAACCACAAGUCUAAAGGAUCAGUGAUGAACCUUCCUCCCGACAAAGUUAAUGGCCUCAAGGUACAGAAUGGGACACAUUUUUGGACAUGGCCAAAGCAUGGAUUCAGUUUGCUUGACUAUGCUAUAAGUUGCAAGGAUUUUAUUCUUUUAGUGAGGUAUGGGAAGGAAUUGAAGAGAUAGGAUAGUACAGGUAUACCUCUUUUUUAUUACACUUUGCUUUAUUGUACUUCAAAGAUGUUGUUGUUAUUGUUGUUUCCAAAUUGAAGGUAUGUGGCAACCCUGCACUGAACAAGUCCAUCAGCACCAUUCUUCCAACAGCAUGUGCUCAUAUCACAUCUCUGUGUCACAUUUGGGUAAUUCUCACAUUUCAAACUUUUUAAAAUUAUUAUAUCUGUUAUGGUGAUCUGUAUUCAGUGAUCUUUGAUGUUACUAUCGUAAUUGUGUUGGGGCACCACUAACCAUGCCCACAUAAGACAGCAAACUUAGCCAAUAAAUGUUUUAUGUGUUCU